AUGGGAAGCUUCGUAUUCAAGUGGGAGCAUCCUGCCUCCGAGGUCUACGUAACCGGCACGUUCGACGAUUGGAAGAAGACGGAGAAGCUGGACAAAGUCGGCGAGCACUUCGAGAAGGCGGUGACCGUUCCUGAUGCCACCAAGAAGAUCUUUUAUAAGUUCGUUGUAGACGGCAAUUGGGUCACCGAUCACACUGCGCCUAAGGAAGUUGAUGAGAGUGGCAACGAGAACAACGUCCUUACUCCCGAGCGCAUCAUUGCUGAAGCACCCGCGACCGCCGCCAUCAUGAACUCCGUCGCACCUGACUCCACCACCACUGCAUUAGCCGCCGAGGCACCCCUCGAGUCAAAGAAAGAUGAAGAACUUCCGGGCACUUUCCCUGAGACACCCGCGGCUGAACUUGAUAAGGGUGGUGACUUUUCAGUCAAUCCCCUGCCUGCUACUGCUGGCGCUGUGAACCCUAUUACACUGGCCCCGGGUGAGAAGAUCCCUGAGGGUCUUGCUGCCGAGAACACCACUAGCAAUGUGAAGCUAGAUCCCGAGUCCUAUGAGAAGAGUGACACACUUCCAGGUGGUGUACCUGUUAUACUGUCCUCCGCCGCGCCGGAAUCCACAACUGCUGCUUUAGCGGCGAGUGCGCCUAUUGAGACAAAGGUGCCCGAGGUUGUGAAGGAGAGUCAGGAGAAGGCACACGUCGAUCCUGAGGCUAGCGGCGUCCCUGAGGAAGUUCAAGAGAAAGCUGUUGUUGAGAGCGAGCUAUUGGAUAAGGUGAAGGAAGCACCUUCUACCUCUGAAGGCACUGCUGGCGAGGGCACUGAGAAGACAGAGAAUGUUGUUACCCCUGGUGAGGCCGCUGCUACGGCUGUCGGUGGUGCUGCAGUAGCCGCUGCGGUUGCCGCUAAGGACGUCGCCACCGAGAAGGCCACAGACGCCGUCACAGCAGCGCAGACAACUGCCGUCGAGGCCGCUACAAACCUACCCGAGCCGGUUAAGGAAAAACUUCCCGAGUCCGUCCAAAACGCUAUCGCGGGUGCGGCAAAGGAGGAUGCUCGGGAGGAAGUUUCGCCCGAAGUGCCUGCUGAGGUUAAGCAGUCUAUCACCGAAGCUGGAAAGGCUCCCGAGGCCGCGGCGAACACUGAAGCAGUUGAGGAGAAGGCAGCUGUCGAGGCUGAGUUGCUGAAGGAGGUCAAGCCCAUAGAGGCCGAUAAGGAAGAGUCGAAGGUCAAGCCAGUGGCAGAAGAAGUGAAGGACAAGUUGACUGGCACUAAUGGUGAGGCUGCUGAGAUCAAGAUUCCGGCCGCUUCGGAGUCGGCGCCUGCAAACGGCACCCAAGAGUCUGUCAAACCUGUCGAAGUUAAGCCAACCGAGACAACCGCGCCUACCACUGGAGCUACACCAACCAAGCCGACUGAGGAGGCUGCCCCCAGCAGUGCUAAGCCCAGCAACGGUACUGCGCCGACGGAGAAGAAAAAAAAGAAUCGACUCAGCUCCAUAUUCGGCAAAGUGAAGAGCAAGCUUUCCAGCAAAUAA